GUAGUACAUGUAUGAUAUUUAGUUGCUCCUUAUCCAAGCGAUGACCUCGGUCAUAUUAAACUUGAUUAUAUAGGACAUACACAUAUCGUUGUAUACAAUUUUUUCACCUGUGUAUUGGACAUACAAUGACUGUGUAAUUUUUAACGGUUUAAAUGGAGUUGUUUUCCGGGUUCAUCGUUAAAGCAAUUUUGACAUUUAUAGUUAUUUAUGUUUUCUGGCAACUGUGGAAGUUUGCUACCAAGUAUAAAGAAUGGCGUAAAAUUACCUCUCAGAUGACUGUGAUAGGACCUAUUCAUCCUUUGUGGGGAUCACUUCACCUGUUCAAAGACAUUGGAGAGUUCAUGACAAUCAUUCAAGAUAUUGUUUCUAAAAAGAGGUCAAAGGUCAUUUGUUAUUGGUUCAUGUUUUUCUUCCCGGAAUUUAACGUUGUUCAUCCUGACACAGCAAGAAUUCUGAUGAAAUCAUCCGAACCAAAAGCCAUUGGUAUGGGUGGUGCCUACAGCAUGAUGAAAAGUUGGCUUGGCGACGGACUGCUGAUCUCAUCUGGAAAGAAAUGGGAAAGAAACAGGCGUUUGAUAACACCAGCAUUUCAUUUUGGCAUACUCAAACCUUAUGUUAGCAUAUACAAUAGUUCAACAGACAAAUUUCUGAAUAAUUUAAAAGAGUUUGCAGCGACAAGUAAACCUGUGGACAUUUUCCCCUUGGUGUCUCUAGAAACAUUAGACACAAUACUCAGAUGUGCCUUCUCCUACGAAGGAAAAAUUCAAACAGAAGGCGCGCAAAAAAGGCAUGAAUACCCUUACACAUGCCUUUUUCAUAUUUCAUCGUUUUACAGACUGAAGCAUCCAUACGUUGCCGCUGUUAGUCAGUUGGCUCAUUUACUAGCAGACAGAUGGCUGCAGCCAUGGCUUUACUGGGAUACCCUAUAUUAUAUGACACAUAAAGGUAAAGAAUAUAGAAAACUUUGCAAAUAUGUUCAUGAUUUUUCCGAGGGAGUGAUAAGAGAGAGACAACAAACCUUUCUGACAGAUGGUCCUCCAAGUAACCGUCAUCUUGACUUUCUCGACAUAUUGCUCACUGCUAAAGAUGACAACGGAGUUGGCCUAUCAUUCGAAGAUAUAAGAGCUGAAGUUGACACAUUUCUAUUUGAAGGGCACGAUACGACAGCAUCGGCAAUUAGUUGGGCUAUAUACCAUUUAGGAAAACACCCAGAAGAACAAGAAAUUGUAUAUUCAGAACUGUCAGAAUUAUUAAAUAAUAACAAGCAAGUGUCAUGGGAAAAUUUACAAACCAUGCCAAAGCUUACAGCCUUCAUCAAAGAGUCUAUGCGCAUGAUUGCACCUGUUCCUGGUAUUCAAAGACAACUGACGUCACCAAUGACUAUAGACAACGUCACGAUACCAGCCGGUUUAGUUGUUGACAUGGGUAUAUACAUGCUACAUCAUCACCCUGAUGUCUGGCCAGAACACGAUGUAUUUAAACCAGAAAGAUUUUUACUAGAAGACAUUACAGAGCGACACCCAUACAGUUUUCUUCCAUUCGCAGCCGGAUCAAGAAACUGCAUUGGUCAACACUUUGCAAUGGAUGAGAUAAAAGUUGUUCUUGCAAGAUUAAUACAAAGAUACAAAGUAUUUCUGGUUCCCGAUCAUAAGUAUGAAACUCAUCCUGAACUAGUUACGAGAGCGAAGUACGGGAUCAAAAUUACUGUAGAAGAAAGAAAAUAAUGAUUUCAAGAUCUGUUCAUAUGUUUUAUAUUGCAACUAAAGUCGCCAAUGCGUCAGAUAUUUGUCAAAUAUAUUUAUCUCUUAUGAAAGUUAUCAAAGGUA